CCUCCGCCAGCUUCUCGACCUCCCUAUUACCGCACUACUGCUAGGCUCUGGCUUCAUAAUACCUCUAUUGAAAGAUUCGAUAACGACCUUCAACAUGGGCAAGACGUUUGAUCCCGCGAAGGACAUUGGGAGUCUGGAGGGCAAGGUCAUACUUGUGACCGGUGGCAACGCCGGCUUGGGCAAGCAGACAAUAACAUAUCUCGCCGCACACUCCCCAGCACGAAUCUACCUCGCAGCCCGCACAGCAUCCAAAGCCGAAUCCGCCAUUGCAGACAUCAAAUCCCAAGUCCCCAACGCCUGCGAAAUAGUCCACCUGCCCCUCGAUCUCACCUCCUUCUCCUCCAUCGCCUCCGCCGCCGACACCUUCAAGUCGCGCGAAUCCCGCCUCGACAUCCUCAUCAACAACGCCGGCAUAAUGGCGCCCCCGUACUCGACCACCAAGGAGGGCUACGAAAUCCAAUUCGGCACAAACCACAUGGGCCACGCGCUGCUCACGAAGCUGCUCCUCCCAACGCUGCUCGAGACGGCGAAGCAGCCCGGCGCAGACGUCCGCAUCGUCUCGCUCAGCAGCGCAGGCCACCGCAUGCCCGCCUCCGAGGGCAUCGUCUUCGACCAAGCCGCGCUCGAAAACGUAAACACUUGGCGCCGCUACGGCUCCUCUAAACUCGCAAACAUCCUCUACGCCCGCUCGCUGGCUACGCACUACCCGCAAAUCACAUCUGUGUCUUUACACCCUGGUGUCAUUUUGACAGAUCUCUUCAACAACUUGCGCUCGAAUCCGUUCUUGAAGGUGGGCAUCUGGCUGUAUGGGCUCAUUGGCACGUUUUUGCCGGGCCAUUUCAAGAGUCCGGUGGGUGGCGCGCUGAACCAGACGUGGUGCGCGACGGUGAAGAAGGAGGAGUUGGAGAAUGGAGCGUAUUAUAUGCCGGUGGGGGUGAAGAGUGCGGGGAGUAGUUGGGCGAGGGAUCAAGGCGCUGGAGGAGAAAGUUGUGGGAGUACACGGGAGAGUGAGUUGGGUGAGACAUGGGGUAUUAGAUUGAAGUAA